AUUACUGGGUAUUAGUGCACAAAAAGAUCAAGAAAUUUCGGUGUUUACUGGUGUUUUUAUCAUUGUAUGGUUUGGGUCGGCUGUCGUGACAAUAAACGCUAAACUUUUAGGAGGCACAGUGUCAUUUUUUCAAAGUGUUUGUGUCCUUGGUUAUUAUAUAUUUCCUUUAGUUAUAGUUGCAUUUAUAGCUAUUUUUGUUAAAAAAGUCAUUAUACGAUUACCUUUGGUGGUAUUUGCAUUUUUAUGGUCAUCUUGGGCUUCAAUUAAUUUUCUCUCAUCUUCUCAUUUAUCAAAUCGUCGUGCAUUAGCUGUAUAUCCAUUAUUCUUAUUUUAUUUCGCUAUUGGUUGGAUG